AUGUCAAACACACAACGCGUCGUCAUCAUCGGGGCCGGCAUCGUGGGCACCAACCUCGCAGAUGAGUUGGUCUCGCGAGGCUGGUCGGAUAUCACUGUUGUCGAACAAGGCCCACUAUACAUGCCCGGGGGGUCAACAUCUCAUGCCCCGGGUCUCGUGUUCCAGACCACCCCUUCCAAAACCAUGACAAGUCUGGCCCGAUACACAGUCGAAAAGCUCCAAUCACUUGAGAAGGACGGGCAGAAUUGCUUCAAUCAAACAGGUGGACUCGAAGUUGCAACAACGCCGGAGCGACUACAGGAUCUGAAGCGCAAACAUGGCUAUGCCUCCUCUUGGGGGAUUGAGGCCUAUCUCGUGAGUGCAGAGAGAUGUCUCGAAUUAUACCCGCAUCUCAACAGAGAUGUCGUGCUGGGAGGUUUCCACAUCCCCAGCGACGGCUUAGCACUUGCUGCCCGGGCGACACAGCUCCUCAUCGAGCGAACGCGCGCGGCGGGAGUCAAAUAUCUUGAAAUGACCCCAGUGACGGGAAUCGAGAGAAGCAACGGGCGAGUGACCGGAGUGAAUGUCCCAAACGGGGUUGUCGCUGCGGAUAUUGUUGUCUCCUGCGCGGGCUUCUGGGGCGUAGAACUCGGUGCUAUGGUUGGCUUGUCGAUUCCUCUCCUGCCGCUUGCCCAUCAGUAUGCAAAAACUACGGCGGUGCCGGGGCUGGUCGGCAGGGAGCUCAACAAGCAAAUUAACGGAAAGAAUGCCGAGCUGCCCAUUCUACGACACCAAGACCAAGACUUGUAUUACCGUGAGCAUGGCGACCAGUAUGGGAUUGGAUACUAUGGCCAUCGGCCCAUGCCCGUGAAGGCGUCGUCUCUCGGUCUUACUUCAAAGGAAGUUGAUGAGAAGAAUAUGCCAUCUCGUCUCGAAUUUACAGAGGAGGACUUCGCGCCUGCGUGGAAAGAAACACAGCGACUGUUGCCCAUGCUACGAGAAACUCAGAUUGCGGACGGGUUCAAUGGCGUCUUCUCAUUCACCCCGGAUGGAGGACCCAUCUUUGGGCAAGCUCCCAAUUUGGACGGCUUCUGGGUCGCUGAGGCGGUUUGGGUGACACAUUCUGCGGGUGUUGCUCGCGCUGUUGCCGAGACUCUUACGACGGGUCGCUCGCAGAUCGACAUGUCUGAAUGUGAAUUGUCCCGAUUUGAAGAAGUGCAGUUGAGUCAAGAGUACAUUGAGGAGACCUCCUCUCAAAAUUUCGUCGAAAUUUACGAUAUCCUGCAUCCCUCUCAACCCAGACUUUCUCCACGCCAGCUGCGCACCAGCCCUUUCUAUGCGCGGGAGGAAGAGCUAGGCGCCUACUUCCUCGAACUAGGAGGAUGGGAGCGCCCAUUCUGGUACGAAUCGAACCGAGACCUGUUGAAAUAUCUUCCUCCCCAAUGGAAACCAGUAGAGAGAGAUCCCUGGUCAAACAAGUUCUACUCUCCGAUCGCGGCGGUCGAGGCAUGGAAAACGCGCAAUGCCGUGGCCAUGUUCGACAUGACCUCCUUCCAUCGAUUCGAAAUAUCAGGACCGGGAGCCCUGGAUCUUCUACAGCGCCUCAGCACGGCCGAUAUCAAUACCAAACCGGGAACUAUCACCUACGCUCUCUUUCUGAACGACCACGGCGGAGUCCGUGGCGACUUCUUUGUCUCCCGACUCGAAGACAGUCUCUUCCAGAUUGGCGCCAAUUCAGCCACAGACUUGGCCUACCUCUCUCGUGAGGCUCGCCACCAAAGUGCACGUUCACCGGGGAAGUAUGUCCAAGUCCGAGAAAUCACAGGAAGCACAUGCUGCAUUGGACUCUGGGGGCCUCGCGCACGGGACGUCAUCUCCGAAACCACGACGGAGGACUUCUCCAACAAGGCCCUCCCAUACUUUGGCGUGAAACGCUGCAUCAUCAGCGGCAUCCCGGUCACCGCUUUCCGCAAAUCCUACGUCGGUGAAUUAGGCUGGGAACUUCAAACAAGCGCCGAGUACGGCCAACGACUAUGGGACAUCAUCUUCCAAGCGGGCAAGAUCCACGGCCUCGUCCCCGCCGGCCGAGCCGCAUUCAACGCCCUCCGUCUGGAGAAAGGCUACCGCACCUACGGCACCGACAUGACCACCGAACACACUCCCUUCGAAGCAGGUAUUGCAGGCGCCAUCCGCGCAAGCAAAUGGGAAGACUACGUGGGCAAAGCAUCACUCGACCGUCUCUCGCCCUCCUCCAAGCGAAUGCCAACCCGACGUCUGCGCUGUCUGACCGUGGACGAUGGCCGAUCCAUGAUUCUCGGCAAAGAGCCCGUCUUCCACAAGAACAAGGCCGUCGGGUACGUGACAAGUGCGGCGUUUGGGUUCACUGUUGGUAAACCUGUGGCCUAUGCUUGGCUCCCCGGUGCUUUGGGCGAAGGGACCAAGGUCGAGAUCGAGUACUUCGGAAAACGCACCCGGGCAACCGUAGCCGCCGAUCCGUUAUAUGAUCCUGAUAAUGAGCGGAUGAUGGCCGAUGGGUUGUCGAACGAUUCGGAUGUUGGCGCUUCUGUGAAGGCUCGUCUUUGA